GUGGAAAGCUACGUGGGCCAUGUGCGUGCCCUGACAGAGGAGCGUGAGGUCGUGGCCUCCGAGUGGGAGAGGGAGAACGAGCAGCUCAGGCUGGAGCUGGCACAGCUGCAGCUGCAGCAGGAAGCCCAGCUGAAGGAGGUGGAGGAGCUGCUGGAGCAGGAAGGCUUAUCCCAGAUUGCCCACAGUGCUGCCAGUGAGCAGGUGGCCUAUCUGCUGGUGGAGCGCUCGGCGCUGCUGGGGAGGCUGAGGCUGGCAGCACGGCAGCUGCAGUCCUGCAGCACCAGGGAUGGGCCCCAGUUCUCCAGGGAAGAUCUGGAGAGGGAAGCACCAUCACCUGGGGGAGUCGCAGGAGAUCUGGAUGAGGCUCCACAGAGGCUGAUGUUGUCCCAGGAUGAGAUCCAGAGGCUGACAGAAGGGCUGGAUGCACCAGGCCAGGAGCAGAGUGGAGUAGGCAGGCCUGAGCUGCAGGAGGCCAUGGAGCACAACGCUCGGCUGGACAAGGAGAUCCAGGCACUGCGGGCACGGGUGCACACCCUCGACCUGGAGAGGAAAGCAUUCCUGGACCUGGUGGAGCAGCUCAAGGAGGAGAUCUGUGAGUACCAGCGGAGCGAGAGGCCUAGCCCUGCCCCUGCUGUGCCAGCCCAGGCCGAGGAGGCCUCAGGGCCCUCACUGCAGGGUACACAGGAGGAGGGCAGGGCUGAGGAAGGCUGUGCUGCAGGCGGAGCUGGCUCGGAGCAGGAGGACAGAUAUCAGGGCCCUGAAACUCUCCAUAAAAGGUGCCGAGAGACACUGGAAAACAUGGAGGGCAGGAAUUCCCAGCUCCUUCACAAGCUGCAGAGGCUGGAGCAGGAGCAUGAGGACCUGGUUGAGCGAAAUGAAGAGCUGGAAGCAAUUCUGGGAGAAACUCAGAUCCUAUCCAAACAGGAGAAGGAGCAGUUUGAGACUGAGGUAGAGGGGCUGCACCAGAAGAUCACCAGCCUAGAGACAGAGCUACUUGGGGUGCAGAAGAACAAAGCUGAGAUGGACAGGGAUGAGCAGGUGUCAUCUGGAGCACAGGAGAUGCAGGAGAUGUUGGAGAGCUGUCAGGAGACCAUAGACAAGCUGGGGAGUCAGCUGGGAGAGCGCAGGGAGCGGAGGAAGCAGCUAGCAUCUGAGCUGGAGCUGCUGAGAGAAGAUCUGAAGGCUGAGAAGGUGGGGUUGCCUGAGUCCCAGUCAGAGCUCACCAGCCCCUGUACCACCUUCCCGAGUCUCCAGAGGACAGCAGCCAGCAGGGAUCUCAUGGAUGUGUCCCCGGAGACGCUGCACAAAGACAGUGCUCUCUUAGAUCCAGAGGCCUCUGAAAUCCCCCAAGGAAGAGAACAGAGUCCCAAGGUGGAGCAGAAACAGGAAGAUCCCUGUGCAGAUGCCAAGACCUAUGAGGAACAGAUGGCUAAAGUAGUGUUUCUGGAAGAACAGAUCAAAAGCUUGAGGGAAGAACAAGAACUGCUCUGCUCUGAAUUACUAGAGAGCAACAAGAAGAAGGAGGAGCUGGAGAAGCAGCUCAGAGAGAGCAAUGCAGAGAAGCAGCAGCUGCUGGAGGAGAUUGCCCAGCUGAAGGGUGACAUGCUGCGAGCCCGGGAGCAGCGGGACAGCGUGCUCGGAGCGCCCUGGAGGCAGAGCCCAGGCCUGGAGCAGAGGGAGGACAGGGCUCUCACCUGGCACAGCUCAGCAGGCAGCUUAGAUGGGAGCCUUAAACAGAGUGUGUCUGAGGAGAGGUUCCAGCAGCAGGAGGAGAAGCUGCAGCAGCUGCGCCAGGACCUGCGGCGGGUGCAGAACCUUUGCAGCUCUGCCGAGAGGGAGCUCAGGUACGAGAGGGAGAAGAAUGCUGAUCUCCAGAGGCAAAACCUCCUGCUCCAACAGGAAUGCACCAAGGUGAAAGCUGAGCUGAAGCAGGCCCGGGCCAAGCUCUCAGACACCACAGAGACCUGCUCCUCCCUCUCAGCACAGUGGGAGAGGAGCCAGCAGAAGGUCAGGGAGCUGGAACAGGAGCUCUCUAAGUGCUCCCAGGCUGACAAGCUCCAGAGCAGCCUCCAGGAGAGACUGGCCCAGGAGAAGUCUAGGUCAGGUGAAGCACAAAGGAAGAUUUCCAAGCUCCAGCAGAGGCUGAAGGACUCCCAGCACCAGCUGCUGCUGGCAGAGGCUCGUGUGUCCGACAAGAAGCUGCUGGAGGAGGAGCUGAAGGAAGCUCGGGAGAACGAGGCUCGUGUGCAGCAACAGCUUCACGAGGAGCAGCUGAAAAGGAAGCUGCUGGAGCAGCAAAUGCGGCUGGGCGAGGAGGGGGAGGAGGUCCGGCGGCAGCUGCGACAUUCCCGGGACACAGAGGCAUCGCUGGCCAAGAUGCAGGUGGAGCUGCAGGCCAAGGCCCUGCAUGUCCUGGAAGAAGAAAGGAAACCAGAGCCCAACGAG